UCCCCGCCCCCCGUUGCCAGGGUGCUCUGUGGCGUCGCAUUCUCAUUGGUGGGUGACGGCGGGGAUCACCCCCGAGGCAGCCAUUUCCAACUAGCUGGCGGGGGCGGAAGAUGGCGACGCCCCUCGGGUGGUCGAAGGCGGGGUCAGGAUCUGUGUGUCUCGCUUUCGAUCAACUGCGGGACGUGAUUGAGUCUCAGGAGGAACUAAUCCACCAGCUGAGGAACGUGGCCUCAGUCUCAUCCUAGGUACCACGAGCAUCAUCCUGUUAUCCGCUUUUGGUCCUGGUCCCUAGAGGGCGCCCCUUCUACUCCAGCCCCAGGCCCUCCCUCAGCCAGGCUCUGUUGCAGAUGGUUCUCCAGGACGAAAAUUUUGUCAGUAAAGAAGAGUUCCAGGCAGUGGAGAAGAAGCUGGCGGAAGAGAAAGCUGCCCAUGCCAAAACCAAGGUCCUCCUGGCCAAGGAAGAGGAGAAGUUACAGUUUGCCCUCGGAGAGGUAGAGGUGCUAUCCAAGCAGCUGGAGAAAGAGAAGCUGGCCUUUGAAAAAGCGCUCUCCAGUGUCAAGAGCAAAGUCCUUCAGGAGUCCAGCAAGAAGGACCAGCUCAUCACCAAGUGCAAUGAGAUUGAGUCUCACAUUAUAAAGCAAGAAGAUAUACUUAAUGGCAAAGAGAAUGAGAUUAAAGAGUUGCAGCAAGUUAUCAGCCAGCAGAAACAGAUCUUCAGCCCACCACCAGCCGGCUCCGUUGCAGGAAUCACAUGUCUGACUUCCGGAUCCAGAAGCAGCAGGAGAGCUACAUGGCCCAGGUGCUGGACCAGAAGCAUAAGAAAGCCUCAGGGACGCGUCAGGCCCGCAGCCACCAGCAUCCCAGGGAAAAAUAAAAUGGCCGCCGCUUUCCUGUUCUCUGGCUGUAAUCCCCAGCCUCUGCCUUCUCUGCUCUGGGAGUCCCCAGCCUCUGCCUUCUCUGCUCUGGGAGUCCCCAGCCUCUAGCCCCUGCUACUUCCCUCCCUCUUGGGUAGUGGUAGGGGUCCACAAGGUGGGGGCUUGUAGCCUAGGGGAGGAGCUGGGUCUUUGUUGUCUGGUAGGCACCACCGCUUCCUUUGGGUAUUUAAUCCCUUCCUAUAUAAACAGCCCU